GUCUACCGCAUUCGCAUCAUUUCGAGUAACCUGCGCAGUACAUGUGAUGAUUGUCAAAGCAUUUACUUUAUUAAUUCUCGUGUCGUACGCAAUUGGUGAAUUGUGUGUGAACUACGAUUUCGAACAAGGUUUCUAUGAAUUGUUUAGUGACAAUGGCGUGUGCCAUAGUCUCCCGCUCUGGUUUAUCGGUAAAUACGAAGAUUUAAAUAUGAUUGGAGAGAAUGGGAGCACGACUUUUAUCACACCUAGUUCUCAAUCGUCUGCAAGUUGUGCGUCGUCAUUCGUUUUUUCAAUGAAUUCGGGCGGUACUAUCGAAGUGGACAUUUACAUGGAACGGUCUGAUGUCAAUGAUCAGAUUCAGGUCUUCGUCAGUCAAGUUGUGGCUGGUGGUGGCUCCUUUGUGAGAGCGAAAGCUGAGAGUGGAGUUUCGGGAUACUCCGCAAAUGGCACUCAAACAUUGAAGAUCACAUUAAAUGGUACAGACAAUUAUGAAGGAUUUAUAUCCAUAGUGGGGAAAGCAGCUCCAGAAUCAGUGGUACUAGUAGACGCUUUCCGAUACACACCACCGCACGUAGACGCCUCAUAUUGUCAAGAUCCAAAGAACGUUUUAAAUCCCUUCAGCAAUGUGAACACAGCUAAAAAGACCAUAGUCUCUAUAAAUGCGACAACUGCAAUUAAUGAAACGACCACGUAUAAUGCAACUUCCUCAAGUUAUAACAGUACAAGUUUAAACUAUAGUACUACGCUACCUACAGUUACGUCAUUGGAGACAGAAAAAGGAUCUGAUGAUAGUGGAAGACGCCCUCGACCUCCUCGACCUCCAACCUCCAUACCUAACUCAAAUCCAAUGAACUUAGCUCCAAUAAUAACUAUUAUUUUAUCUCUCACUGUACUAUCAGCUUUAGAUUAAUAGAGAUGAAGAACUGCUAAAGCCGCCCUAAGACUUCGUGCAAGCGAUCGUGUUUUUACGAUCACUAAGCUAACGAGGCAUUUUAGUUUGCUGAAUAACGGGCAAGUAGGGACCCAGGGGCCUUAGUCUGCUAUUACAAUUGUGUCAGAAUGGUCGUUCACUGAGCAGUGCAAGAGGGACGGAGCUAUGUAGGUUGUAUAGCUCCAUCCCUCUCGCACUGCUCAAUGAUCGACCAUUGUGACACAAUUGUAAUAGCAGACUAAGGGCCCAGACAAUCAACAAUCAUGCAGGGAACGUGCUCCAUCGUAGGCCGCAUCAUCACU